UUCCGGUGAGAAUAAGCCACGUCAAUGCCGAUGAUUACUAAUCGCUCCCUUAAAUAACAAUUUAUUACCUGAGUCUCCAACGACGAUAAUCUUGACUUUAUCAAUAGCUGCCAUAGAUCAACAACAGCGAAAAAUUUUAAUCUAAUUUGUCCCUCGAUAUGACAUUUAUCACUCAUUCAACAAACGAAAACGACAGGUUAUCUCCAGAUUUUGUUGAGAUUGUCAAAACUACCACCGGUCUAUGUGGCACAGUGUGGACGACACGAUCCGACCUAACCCGCAGUUUCUUUACGAAUAAACAAGGUGUUUACAUGUGUUCUCUACAUUGUUGGGAAUGACAAUUCAGUAAUGAGCAUUAUUGAAACCUUAAGCGAUGUAAAUAUGUGAAUAAAUUUAUAAUAGAAUGUGUUUAUUUAAGUUAAAAAGUUCCAUGAAGUGUUUGCGAUAAACUGACGACUGUUUUCAUCAUUUGGGAGAGUGUAGGAAUUAAAAAUAAUAAUAAUGGAGGAGAGGCUGGUGACAGAAGUGCCCAGUAGUCUCAAACAACUGGCGAGGCUCGUCGUCAGGGGUUUCUACUCGAUUGAGGAUGCUCUCAUCGUCGACAUGCUUGUUAGGAAUCCAUGCAUGAAAGAAGACGAUAUCUGCGAAUUACUCAAGUUCGAGCGAAAGAUGCUGCGUGCGAAGAUAGCGACUCUCAGGAAUGACAAGUUCAUUCAGGUGAGGUUGAAGAUGGAGACUGGAUCUGAUGGCAAAGCCCAAAAAGUCAAUUACUACUUUAUUAAUUACAAGACUUUUGUAAAUGUUGUAAAAUAUAAACUGGACCUCAUGAGGAAGAGACUGGAGACAGAGGAGCGUGAUGCCACGAGUAGAGCGAGUUUUAAGUGUACAAAUUGCUUGAAGACAUUCACAGAUUUAGAGGCAGACCAGUUAUUCGACAUGAUGACUGGUGAGUUUCGUUGCACAUUCUGUCGUGAAAUGGUGGAGGAGGAUCAGUCAGCACUGCCCAAGAAAGACUCACGUUUAUUGCUCGCCAAGUUCAACGAGCAAUUGGAGCCACUUUACAUUCUUCUACGAGAGGUUGAGGGUAUCAAACUAGCUCCUGAGAUUCUCGAGCCUGAACCAGUGGACAUAAACCUGAUCAGAGGAAUCGACAAUAGGAAACUAGGAAUCAGGCUCCCAGGAGAGCAAUGGUCGGGUGAGGCCACCAGGGGCUCUGGCUUUGCUGUGGAGGACACUCGAGUCGAUGUGACGAUUGGCGACGAGAGCACUGACGACUCGGCCAACAAACGAAAGGAGAGACCCAUCUGGAUGAUGGAGAGUACUGUCAUCAACGAUAAUUCCGAGCUGGAUAAUGGAGCCAACCAGGACAGCAUCCUCGAUAAAGCUGCUGCCACUGCUACCAACACUAAUUCCAAUCACAAACAGGGGGAGGAUAUCAUGUCUGUGCUGUUGGCUCAUGAGAAGAAGGGGGGAAAUACUAAUGCUGUCAGCGCUGUCAAAGCUGUGCUUCCGCAGGAGUCCAGUGACUCCAGUGAUAAUGAGGAACAUGGGGAGAUGCAGGCUGUUGAUACUGGUGACGUCGAAGUGAUGGAAUCAGACGACGACGAUGCGAUACCAACAGUGAUUGUCGGUGGAAGAACAGUACCAAUAACAGAAGUCAACGAGGCAUUGACAGAUGCCAUGACACCAGCUGAGAAAGAGGCAUACAUCCAAACCUAUCAGGAAUACUACUCCCACAUGUUCGACUAAUUCUCCUCCCCAAGAUUCAAAGUCUUUCAUUCUUCAUCCCAACUUCUAUAUUUUUGAUGUUUCAUCGAUCGACCGAUGUAUCCAUUUUUUGUAUGAAACAAAAUAAAUUGAAUAUAACGUUUACUGAA